AUGGCUUCUCUUCUACGGUCAGUGGCAACUACCACAGCUGCGUCUGCGAUUCCAAUCGCGAUCGCGUUCUCCUCUUCUUCUUCUUCUUCCCCUACCAACCCCAAUCCUCAAUCUCUCAAUUUCUCCCGACCGUCUCCACGUGGCUUGGGGCUUGCACGAAGCUUUGCUAGCUCUCCCAUGACGACCGUCCCAGCUUCUGAUAGUAAUCUCUCUCAGGAGGAUGGAGUCAUGCCUCAGCUCCUUACUGAGUUUAUGGUGAAUAUGAAGUGUGAGGGUUGUGUUAACGCCGUGAAGAGCAAGUUAGAAACUAUUGAAGGGAUUGAAAAAGUGGAUGUGGAUUUGGCUAACCAAGUUGUGAGGAUACUUGGAUCUUCCCCUGUUAAGACUAUGAGUCAAGCUUUGGAGCAAACCGGUCGAAAAGCUCGUUUGAUUGGACAAGGUGUUCCUCAAGACUUCUUAGUCUCGGCUGCAGUAGCGGAGUUCAAAGGCCCAGACAUCUUUGGGGUAGUAAGAUUUGCUCAGGUGAGUAUGGAGCUUGCAAGGAUUGAAGCCAACUUCACAGGCUUGUCUCCCGGAAACCACAGUUGGUCUAUCAACGAGUAUGGAGAUCUCACAAACGGAGCAGCCAGCACCGGGAACUUGUACAACCCAUUUGAAGACCAUACAAUCACAGAGCCAUUGGGCGACCUGGGAACACUAGAGGCAGACCAAAGCGGAGAGGCGUUUUAUUCUGGAAAGAAAGAGAAGCUCAAGGUUGCUGAUCUAAUAGGGCGAGCUGUGGUGGUUUACAAGACAGAGGAUAAGAAGUUGGGACCGAGAUUGACAGCUGCAGUGAUUGCUAGAAGCGCAGGAGUUGGAGAAAACUACAAAAAGCUUUGUACUUGUGAUGGUACUGUCAUUUGGGAAGCUACAAACAGUGAUUUUAUGACCAGUAAGGUUUAGUAACAGUAAUAAAAGUGGACACUACAUUACGUGUUGUAGCAACUAAUAAGUCUUUGUUUUGGAUCAAAAUUUAAGUGCGACUUCAAACAACAAAAUAAGCGUUUUGAAUUGUACCAAACUCA